UCCUCUCCAGCAGGAUUCAGCCUCCAGCUCCUCCUCUGAUGCAUCGUUUGCAUCAGUACUUGGGAAGACUUGUCCGCGCACUACCGCUGCGCCUCCCCUCCGCGCAUUCACGGGCUCCACUUUACCAGGUGAUGACCGACAACCGCGCAGCGCCAAAAAUGACAUGUUUCUAACACCCCUGAAGACCGGAAUCAACGUAGAAUGGAGACGCGCCUCGGCCACUGCCUUUUCAUCGUUUUCUCCGAGUGGAUUUGGCUCCUCACCACAACUUCCAUCCUGGGCGGAACGGCGGCGGAGGUGAGGUGCAUCCCCUCCUGCCAUCUGCCGCUCAUCGCAGCCUUUCCCCGGGAACUCUCCGAGCUGGACGCGACCGGUUUCGACGGGCCGCCGGAUGAAGAAUUUGUCGGAUCUACCGAGGGGUCGCCAGCCGCCGAGGGGGACGAAAAGCACAAAGAAAGUUGGUCCGAAGUGCAGCCGCGUUUGGGAGAAAAUAACACGAGCUGUGCGCAGGAGGACGCUCUGGGCGACCGCCGCAAACUUUGCAAAGUGAUUCCUCAAACCGCCGAGCCGCCUCUCGCUGAUGUGACCGAGAAUAGCACAAGGGAUGACAAAAAUAAAAGCUUUCACGACGAGAACGGCGAUCUGAACGCGCCAGAGGAGGAGGAUGUGGGCGCGUGGAGACGACCGCGCAGCGCGAGGAGCGCAGAGACUUGGUCCGAAUUCCGAGUCGAGGGCGCGGAGGACGCCUCGCCUUCAGACCCGGAGGAGUUUCUGCUCACAAGUUCGACGUUUGCGCUCGCCAGUGACACUGCUCACAACCAGGCGAUGGUGCACUGGUCCGGGCAGAACAGCAGCGUGAUUCUCAUGUUGACAAAAUACUACGACUUCAACUCAGGAAGAGUUACGGAGAGUUCUUUAUGGAGGUCAACUGAUUACGGGACCACGUAUGAAAAACUUAACGAGGAAGUCGGGACUAAGACGAUACUGAGCUACCUGUAUGUGAGCCCCAACAAUAAAAUGAAGAUCAUGCUGCUGACCGACCCGGAGGUGGAGAGCAGCCUGCUCAUUAGCCUUGACGAGGGGGCGUCCUACCAGAAGCACAGCUUAGCCUUUGAUAUCCUCAGCCUGCUUUUUCACCCCGAGCAGGAGGACUGGAUCCUGGCUUACAGCCAUGACCAAAAGCUCUACGUCUCUGUUGAGUUUGGGAGGAAGUGGCAGCUUGUGCACGACAACGUCGUCCCCAACAGAUUCUACUGGUCCAGAUUGGGUCUGGACAAAGAGCAAGGGAUGAUCCACCUGGAGAUCAACGUCUCGGACGGACGGUCACAGUACAUAACUUGUAAACUUCAGAACUGCUCUGAUGGAAACAAGGGCAAGCCUUUCCCUGGAUUUAUCAUCCCUAAUUCCCUCGUGGUUCAGGAUGAAUACGUUUUCAUCCAGGUGCCGGUAGGUGGCCAGUCCGUCCAUUAUGUGUCCUAUAAAAGAAAUGCUUUCUACCCAAUGAAGCUGCCCAAGUACACUUUGCCAAAGGACUUGCAGAUUAUCAGCACGGACGACAACCAGGUGGUGGCGGCGAUUCAGGACUGGAAUCAGAACGACUCCUACAACCUGUACAUGUCGGAGUCCAGAGGGCUGUUCUUCACGCUGAUACAGGCCGACGUCAUGAGCAGCGGCGGUCCAGAGGGCAACAUCAUGAUCGACCUCUACGAGGUUGCCGGGAUUAAAGGGGUGUUCCUGUCAAAUAAAGUUGUUGAGAACCAAGUGAAAACUUAUAUCACGUACAACAAGGGGAGAGACUGGCGUCUUCUUCGGGCUCCGUCAACCGAUCUCCAGGGAAACAGGGUCUAUUGUGAACAACCGUACUGUUCGCUGCACCUCCACCUGCAUGUGUCGGAGAGCCCUUACACCUCGGGUAACAUCAUCAGCAAAGACUCGGCUCCAGGAAUUAUAAUAGCAUCAGGUGUGGUCGGGCCUGAGCUCACCUCCACCAAUAUCAGCGUCUUUAUCACGUCGGACACUGGAAACACCUGGAGAGAGGUUUUUCAGGAGGAGUACAGUGUGUUUUUCCUGAAUCAAGGAGGAUCUCUGGUGGCCAUCCGACACACACCUCUGCCAAUUAGACACAUUUGGCUGAGUUUUGAUGAGGGCAGAAACUGGGACAAAUAUAGCUUCACCUCCUCGCCGCUCUUUGUGGAUGGGGUGCUCGGGGAGCCUGGAGAGGACACCCUCAUCGUGACAAUAUUUGGUCACUUCAGCCAUCGGUCCGAGUGGCAGCUCGUCAAGAUCGACUUCCGAUCCAUCUUUCAACACCGGUGCACGUCUGAGGAUUAUCUGACGUGGCAGCUACAUAAUGAGGAAGAAGUGUGCAUCAUGGGAAUGAAGAGAAUCUUCCAAAAACUGAAAGCAAACGCUCGAUGUGUCAAGGCCAGAGAUCAGUAUAUUUCCCAGAUGUCAGAUUCCUGCCCAUGCACAGAGGCUGAUUUUGAGUGUGACUAUGGGUUUGAGAGGCAGCUCGACGGCGGCUGCACUCCGGCUUUCUGGUUUGUUCCAUCAGCGGCGUCCAGAGACUGCAUCACCGGGGACAGCUUCCUGAACACCACCGGAUACCGGAAGGCUUCGUCUAACAACUGCACCGCGGGAACUCUGCUGAAGUACAGCCCCAGGCGGCAGAAAUGCCCCAGUCAGGCUCCCAGGGGCCUCCAGCUCUUCACCAGCGAGGGAACGCUGGUGGCCACUCUGGGGAGGAACGUCACCUUCCUGGUCUUUCUGGAAGAGGGUCUCGGCUCCAUGACGAGCGUCACGGUGGACUUUGGCGACGGGACGGCCAUAUCUUACGGUAACAUCAGCUCCAUCGACGACGGGGUCAAGCACAUGUACGACAAAGUGGGCAUCUACCAAGUCUCUGCCACGGCGAGCAACAGCCUGGGGUCAGACCGGGUCACGCUCUACCUCCACGUCUCCUGUCAACUCGAGCAGGUGCAGCUUUCGGCUCCUUCUGUGGUUGUCAAGAACAAAGCGGUGAACCUCACAACAAUCCUGCAACCCAGUAAUGUGGGAACGGUUACUUAUUACUGGUGGUUUGACAACAAAACGGAGCCCGUCGUGACUCUCGAUGGAACCAUGUCCUUCACCUUCUCCAGAGAGGGGGGUCACUCCGUCACGGUGCAGGCUUCAGUUGGGAGCACCGUCCAUCAGGACCACAUGAAGAUAGCCGUUUAUGAUUAUUUCCGGUCACAUGUUUUGGCCUUUUCCUCUAAUUUGGACGAUCUGAACCCGGGGGUGUCUGAGUGGAGGGAGGACAUCGGCAGAGUCGUGAAGCACUGCAUGGUUCAGGUCACAGGAAUCAGCGAGGAUCAGCUCCUGGUCACGGUGCUCCCGGGCUUGCCGACCACAGCUGAGGUUUUCAUCGUGCCCGAGCGGAAGUCGAGAGACGGAGCCUCGGACGAGAAGUGGGCGCACCUCGAUCAGCUUUCUCAGGUUCUGCUAAGUGCUCUGAACCAGGACCUCAUCCAGUUCACACUCAAGCCGGGGGUGCAGGUGAACGUCUUCGCCACGCGGCUGUCUCCAGCUCCCCUGGUGGACAGCAGUGACAGCACCCACAGCGGCACUGCAGUCAUCAUGCUGGUGUCAGUCGUGCUGAUGGGCCUGGCUGUCUUUGUAAUAUAUAAAUUUAAAAGGAAGAUCCCUGGGAUGAACACAUACACCGCCGAGCAGCCCGACAAGGAACAAGAGGUCAUCCCGACAGUGACCUCCAUCGCCGUCCCAAACCCUGAGGGAGACAAGCUGACCUCGCUGGACCAUGUGGACGUACAGCUGGACUCAAACAGCAGAGGCUACCUGCCAUCGCACACAGACAUCAAGCUCUCUGAUGAAGCGCCCCAUGUGUUUUAAUGUUGAGAGUCUAUGACCGACUCGAAAGCAAUACAUCUUCUUUGGCAGUUACUUCCAGCAAGCUAUGAAACCACGGUCACAAUGAAUGGUCUCGAGUGUUUUGCUACCCAUGCAUGGAUGGACCAGUUCACACUGUGCUGCCUAAUCCCUCCGAGGAGUCUGUACAGAUUUAUACUUGCUUCUUGAAAAGGAACACUUUUUGACUGAAAUACUUGUAUUUUUGCAAGGACGUUGAUCUUUUUAUGUAAAUAAUGUACAUCCAUAAUGGAAGAAGUAUAAGUAAUUUGUCUCAGCUGGUUACAGCUACGUCUGCUCCAAUAUGAGAAGAAAAAAAAAAAAAUCAAACUGCAGUAUGGAGG